UUUAUCUCCCCCAACAUACGACCCCCCCGCUCCUCAAUCUCUCCCUCACCACAACUGCGCCGCCGCUGCCGCCCUUGUCGACCGCACGCCGCCGCUGGCCAACCUUCGCACUCUAUUUUAUUCACUUUCUCUCACACAAACAAGAGAUCACCGACGCCGCCGCCACUCACUCCGACCGCGCGCCGCCGCCUGCCCCCCUCGACCACAUUACGCUAAUUGAAAACUGUACAAUGACUAAGUCGAGGUCCGAAUUGAAAGGAAAAUCCCAAGCUCCUCAAGAGGAUUCCAAGGAACCGAAAAUGGAUAUCAAGUCUAUCCUGAAAGAUAUCGAGAUUUUGGGGUCGACGCAUAUGACAUGGAAACAAAAGAAGGAUUGGGAAAAUAAAAAAGUGGUAUCCCUUGGCGGAAAGCCUCCGAAGAAGCAGAGAUUACCUCUCAGUGUGGCGCGAGCAACAAUGAAGAAGCAAAAAGAGAUGGAAGAAAAAAAGUCGAAAGAGAGAGAAUUGCUUGGAAGGUUUGGAGCAUAUAGUGGCAGUAGGUCAAGAAAAAUGGAGAGGCGUCGGCCUGAAGAUAAAAUUUUGAAAUCAACUGAAGGAAAUUUCAGAAAUGGUGUCCUCGACGUCAAGCAUCUAUUACAGCCCUCUGCUCCCCGAGUUGCUAAUGACAAUAGCGGGCAUGGUACAUUCAGCAAGGGUAAGAAAAAGAAAGGCGGUAAGAAAGGACACGGUAAGAAAAAGGGGUUCGGGAAUAAGAAGCGACAUUAGUAAUAUCUAUCCCUAACAUAGAAUCGAAGAUGCCUAUGCUAUUUAAUGAUCGAUCGUGGGACAACAUAGCGAUGUAGUCCUCCUAUAUGCUGUUGUUCUGCUUUGAUGUUUUGAUGUCUGAAAAUCGAUUCUUGAAAUGCUGAUUCCUGAUUUAGUGAGUCUUGAUCGAUGUUUUGGUUGUAUGAUAGUGAGCUACUUGGUGUAAAAUUGCUUUAUUUGUUAACAUUAAUGGAUUCUCUUGUUAAUACU